ACCACAUGGACUCCAGUUCUCUGAAGGUUCCUGCCCUGGGAAGACCAUUUUCCUUAGGGAUGCUGUAUAAUGCUCACACAGAUGAGCUGAUAACAGGAAUUUCACUGUGGGAAGGGACCAUUCUGGAGAAUAAAACAAAGACAAAGAAUAACCACAACAGUUCUUUCCAAGUCUUAUCCUCUGAUUCUAUUCAAGAAAAGUCCUCUCUCUUGGAUCUUAAUGCUUCUUUUAAAGCAAGUUUCUUGAGUGGUCUGAUUGAAGUCGGUGGCUCUGCCAAGUAUCUGAACGACAAGAAGAAAUUCAAAAAUCAGAGCAGAGUGACCCUCCAAUACAAGGCCACUUCUUACUUCUCUCGUCUGUCCAUGACACAUAGUGAAGCGCAGAGUGCAGCUAGGCUCAGUGAUGAAGUGAAGAGCAUGGCAACACAUGUGGUGACAGGCAUUCAGCAUGGUGCAAAUGCUUUCUUUGUCUUUGACAGUGAGAAGUUAGAGUCCACUCAAGUUGAGGACUUCCAGGGAACCUUGGAGGGUGCAAUAAAUAAGAUCCCCAAAUUAAAUGCUGAAGCUAACAUCUCAAUGUCACUGAGUGACAAAGAAAACUCUGUCCUCAAGAGAAUCUCCUGCAAAUUCUAUGGGGACUUCCUCCUUGAAAGCAACCCUACACAUUUUGAAGAAGCACUGAAGACCUAUCAGAGUCUUUCAAAGAUGCUCAGAGAGAAUCCCCAGAAUUCUGUGCCAAUUCAAGCCUUUCUGACCCCACUGAAGUCCUACGACCCCACUGCUGCUGCAGUGACAGGGGAAAUCUGUGAGGGGCUAAUCACUAAAGCACAAGAUGUCUUUGAAGAUUUGAGCCAAUUUGAAAUGAGAUGCAACGAGCUUCUGGAAAUUAUGUUAUUGAAGAAAUUCCCCAGUUUUUACAAGAAUCUGCAGGAAUUUUCCGACCUUUGCAAGAAGUGUGAAAAAAUCCUCAGAGAUACUAUGAAGAAAAAGUUUCCUUUGAUCCGUGCAGGAAAAGAAGAUCAUAGCUCAGUUGAAAAACUGCUUGAUGACCUACGCAACACUCGAUUCAAUCAUAACAACUUAGACCGGUGGAUGUCUGACAAAGAAGCAGAAGUAACUGCCUUGAAUAUCUGCCUCAAAUCAAUGGAGGGCAUCAAAAUGGUUUCCAAUGAGUCCCAGCUGAAAAAAGAAAUAUUUGCUCAAGGUGUGGUUCAUGGUCUGUGCUUCACUUUCACCUCUCUGGAGGGUGAUGACCCAUACAUUGAUCAGAUGGAGAGUUGCCUUCACUCACAUGAUCUGAAAAGCCUUCAGAAUAUCUAUGAGCCUAAACACGACCAGUGGUACCAUUCAGAUGCAAAGAUACAAGAACUCCGUGGAAAAGCCCAAGAAUUCCAAAACAUGGCCAAAGGCCUGAAAGCCAACAGCAAAUUCAUUUUCCUAGUAGCUGCAGCAAACAAUCCCAAAUACCAAGGAGCAAGCAUCUACCAUUACAAGGAAGGGUGUCUGGUCUCAGAGGAUUUUUCAAAGCCAGGCGUCCCUCCAGUGGAGAAUAUAACAAGCAAAGAAGAUCUGAUUUGGUAUGCCUGUGAUCUGACGCUGAACCCAAAUACAGCAAAUAAUUAUCUCAUUCUUUCAGAUGAGAACAAAAAAGCAACAUGUACAUCAACAUGGCAGUACUAUGACAGUCACCCAGAGAGGUUUGAUAAGCUUCAGGUGCUGUGUAACGAAGGGUUGUGUGGGCGCUCUUAUUGGGAGGUGGAGUGGAGUGAACUUCCACAAGUUGGUAUAGGUGUUGCAUACAAAUCACUUGAAAGACAUACGAGCCUUGGGAGUUCUGACAAGUCUUGGUAUUUUGGCAGAGAGCUGUGCUUUGAUGCAUGGAACAAUGGCCAGGUAUGGUUCGGUAAACCUAUUCCUGUUGGAUGCAAUAAAAUUGGAGUGUACCUGGAUUUUCAAGAUGGGACUCUGUCUUUCUACAUGUUGUCAGGUCAAAACUUAGAACACCUCUACACCUUCAAAACUUCAUUCAAUGACCAUGUCUAUCCAGGUUUUUACAUUUAUCCAACCAGUGGGUACUGCAUGCUAACUCCUGUCCAGUAGUGCUGGACAGGAGUCCCAACUUAGCUCUGUGGCUUGUUCAAGGGUUUUUUCUGCUGUUGACUUAUAGUUAAGCCCAGAUUUAUGCGUAACACUGGUAGUUUAUGUUUUAAUAGCUUUUAAUUUAGUCAAGAACUGCAUGGUUGCAACACAUAAUUAUAUGUUUUAUGCGUUUUGAUUUUUGCUUACAGACUGCUUAGUCCAGGAGUAUAAAAAUAGAAAUUAGAAACCCCAAAAAACUGUGGCUUAUUUAAUGUUUUCGUUGUUUUUAUAGGCAAAAGUGAAGCUUGAUUUACAUUAAUCAAUGGUGACAGUGGCGGCUGUUGGAGUGUU